ACAAGCUUCCAAAAGCGUUUGUAAACACACGCACUUGGACACAGAGAAGCAGAGAGAGAUAUACGUACAUACAUGUGUAUGUAGUACACACAUAUAUAUACUGGCGUAUGGUGGACCCUAAACCCCCCUUGCUUCUCUUUGUUUUCAAACCCUCCCGCGAAGCAAAUUAAUCCUUUCCUUGGAUUCUCACUCCUCGAUUCCAAUUGGGGAAACCUCAGAGGAGAGACUCUCUUUGUUUUUAUUAUUAUUAUUAUACUGUUGGAUUUACAUCUGAGUGAAUAAAGAGAGUGAUUUGGUUCAACUCUAGAGCUUUUCUGUUGUCGACGUUUCCGAUUCAAUUGGAUUCAUGGAGGAAAACAACCAGCAGGGUUUUGAUCGAUUUGCUCCCAACUCCUCUCCAGGUGAGAGAGCUGAGCUGCAUGCUGUAGCGGAACAGCCUAUUUCGCCCAAAGAUGAAAGGAUUGUUUCUGCCAAUCAUUCUCCGGAUGCAGCCAUAUCUGUGGUUCCAGUAAAUGCCAAAGACCAAUCUGUUAGCUCUGAAACAAGUGCAGCUCUUUCUACUAUGCAUCCACCCAAUUCUUAUACUCCACUGGAGCAAGGUUUUUAUUAUGGAGGUUAUGACAAUGGCUCAGGAAAUUGGGCUGAACACUCUAAUGAAGUGAAUGCAAACAACUUGCAUGUUGUACCUCCUGCAAUGUACAAUGAUGGGAAUCCAUCACUCUUUUUCCCCCCUAGUUAUGGUUAUGAUGCCCAAAUGGCAUAUGGGCAGUUCUCCCCUAUCGGUGGUCCUCUGUCCCCCAUAAUGAUAGAUGGUCAGCUAUAUUCUCCACACCAAGUCCCAGUAUCUCCAUCCUACUAUCCACCACCUAUUUCACCUGGACUGCCACAUGUUACUUCAGCUCUUCCUGCUUCACAGACUGAGCUGAUGGCACCUGGAAGUAGUGGCCAUGAAAGUUUAGUUGAUAGUAUGCUUUAUGGGCCGGGAUCAGGUUACUACAUGCCCUUUGGAUCUUUUGGUGGAGGAGAGCUUCCUGGAAACAGUAACCUUGGUUUCUACAAAUUCCAGAAUGAUUUUGGAUCUGGAGAACCUUUGACAAAUCGGCCCAAUUCACUGGACUCUGGCAGAUAUGUGUCUCCUUUGACUUCAGCUGCAGUAUAUCCACAACCUAUUGGCCUACUUGGGUCAUAUGAGCAAAAUGCUGCACAGGCAUCAUUUCAGGGUCUUGGAUUAGCACCAGGCUCCUCAGCCAGACACUAUAUACAAGGUGGCUCUUAUCCAAGUUCAAAUUAUGCCAGUGGCUCUGUUUGGGAAACUGGCCACCAGAAUCACUUUACCACUGGAAAAGGUGGUAGACGUCAAAGGGAGCAAGAUUCAGUCCACAUCUCUACUGAAUCACUUGCUAUGUCAAGUGACCGGAAUCGGGGACCUAGGGCUUCAAAACCAAAGAGCAAAAGUUCUCCUGAAGAGAAUUCGUCUGGAAUUCAUAAGGAUCUUGACUCAACACCCAGUUUUCAGCUUGACCAGUUCAAUCGCCCUGACUUUGUAGUAGAUUAUGAGCAGGCUAAGUUCUUUGUCAUCAAGUCCUUCAGUGAAGAUAAUGUUCACAAAAGUAUUAAAUAUAGUGUUUGGUCCAGCACACCCCUUGGAAACAGAAAACUUGAUGCUGCUUAUCGAGAAGUAAAGGAGCUUAAUAGCAGUUGCCCAGUCUUUCUCCUUUUCUCGGUCAAUGCAAGUGGCCAAUUCUGUGGGGUAGCUGAAAUGUUAGGAUCAGUUGACUUUGACAAUGAUGCAGAGUACUGGCAACAGGACCGAUGGAGUGGACAAUUCCCUGUUAAAUGGCAUAUUAUCAAAGAUGUACCUAACAGCCAGUUUCGCCAUAUAGUGCUGGAAAAUAAUGACAAUAAGCCAGUCACUCACAGUCGGGACUCUCAGGAGGUAAAAUUGGAACAAGGGAUAGAGAUGUUGAAAAUUUUCAAGAAUUAUGAAGCUGAGACCUCCAUCCUAGAUGAUUUUACUUUCUACAAUGAGCGGGAGAAAGCCCUGUUGGAGAGGAAGGCAAAACAUCGAGCAAUCUCAACUGGAAAAACUGCACCGGCUCUUACUGCUGACCCAAUAAAUCAACUGGCCGAUAGCCUAGUCGAAACCCUCCACUUGGAAGGCAGUAAACAGUUGCCCCAAAAAGACCGGGAGUAACUCGCUCCUGUGAAUAUCCAAAUUAUAGAAGUAACUUCAACUGCUCAGAACUUGGCUAGGCGGUUUUUGUUUGGCACCCAUGGUAUCUUCUUAUAAUUAGACUGCUGACAGCAACAUUGUAUUCUUUCACCGUAGACCAAAACCAUCUGUUCCCUUUUGCCCCCAAUUCUUAUUUGCCAGUUCAUGAAAUUAGUAGCUUUUGGAUUGAGAUUCCUGGGAAAGGGUAGCUUGCUGGAAUUCCUGGGAUAUACUAAUUUCCUAUCAUUUAUUGGAUCCACCAUCUUGGUUUUCCUUUUUCCUAGAGGUAGGGGGUGUCUGGCAAUGCAGUCAAUAUAAUGUUCAUAGACUUGUGCAGUUGUGCCUGAUGUUCAACUAUUGUACUCUAUUUUUCUUUUUCCUGUGAAGGGCAAUACUUUGUGCUGUUUCGUGUUUAAUUGUAAUAUCCCAAAUCGACAAUGAAAAAA